AGCCGCCGACGCCGGGUGAUUCGGGAACCAUGGCCGCCCCAUCACUGGCGCUCGAGGUGUUCCUCUACUUUGGAAAGCUCUGGGAUGUGGUCUUCUGGCUCAUCUCCUUCAUGGUGUUCUGCUACAAAGGGUACAACCUUCCUUACCCGGGGAACGCGUACGAGAUGGAGUUCACGUACCUGUUCAUGUACUUGCUGGUGGAGCCCCCGCGGCUGUUCCUGGGAUCGCAGGGCAACAAGAGCGUGCGGGCGGGGCCGCUGUGGGCGUCCAUGGUGCUCGCCGGGUUCGUGCUCUUCAUGCACGUCUACUACAUCGUCGCGCAGACCUUCGUGCUUCGGGUGGACUACUGGAUGAACGUGAUCAGCCUCGUGUUUCUCUCGGCGCAGUUUCUGUUGUCGGGGACGCAGGCGCUGGACUUUAUGCGCGGCGCGUGACGACGACGAGGGGAAAACGUGCUUCGGGUGCGGCAUCGAUAGGGGGGGGAGGACCGCGUCGACACGUACACAUAUCGCUAGCGUUGUAACAGGAGGAGGAGAGGUCUCCUCGGGU